UUCUAAAAUGAGUCUAUAUGGGGAGAGAGAGGAGGAGACCACUGCCUCUAAAAUGAGUCUAAUUGGGGAGAGAGAGGAGGGGAACACUGCCUCCAGAAUUACCCAAGACACCAGUUCGAAGAGUGUCCAGAAGCCCAGAGCAGAGUCACCUACAACCAGCCUGCUAUCAAUGAGGAGUGAUCAGCCACCUGCUUUCAGCCAGGAACCAUUACCAGAUGACAAUAAGGAAGUGGAUAGUUUGGACAGUGAGGAUGCAUUAAAGAUCACACACAACCUUCUGGACAGAAGAAGUCAAACUCUGCUGACAGUCCAACAAGAGAUUAAGGCUAAACUGAAACACAAGUAUCAACACAUAUCUGAAGGAAUUGGACACCAUGGAAACCAGAGUCUGUUCAAGGACAUCUACACAGAGCUCUACAUCACAGAGGGUGGAAGUGGAGGGCUCAAUAAUGAACAUGAGGUUAGACAGAUAGAGAUGGCAUCCAAGAAACAAACCACACAAGAGACACCAAUCAAAUGCAACGACAUCUUCAAGCCUUUACCUGGACAAGACAAACCAAUCAGAACUGUGCUGACAAAAGGAAUCGCUGGUGUUGGAAAAACAGUCUCUGUGCAGAAAGUCAUACUUGACUGGGCAGAGGGAAAAGCAAAUCAGGACGUUCAUUUCAUGUUUCCUCUUCCUUUCCGUGAUCUGAACCUGAAAAAGGACCAAUACAGUCUGAUGCAACAUAUUUCCCACUACUUGUCAGAGCUGAAAGAGAUUGACAGCAUUGAAGAUGGUGAAACCAAAACUGUUUUCAUUUUUGAUGGUCUGGAUGAGUGUCGACUUCCUCUAGACUUCAAAAACAAUGAGAAGUGCUGUGAUGUCACGAAGCCAACCUCAGUGGAUGUGCUGCUGACAAAUCUUAUCAAGGGGAAUCUGCUUCCCUCUGCUCUCCUCUGGAUAACCUCACGGCCUGCAGCUGCCAAUCAGAUCCCUCCUGAGUGUGUUGACCAAGUGACAGAGGUACGAGGGUUCAAUGAUCCACAGAAGGAGGAAUACUUAAGGAAGAAAAUCAAAGAUCCGAAUCUGGCCAGUGAAAUCAUCAAACACAUGAAGACGUCAAGGAGCCUCCACAUCAUGUGCCACAUACCAGUCUUCUGUUGGAUAUCAGCCACUGUCCUUGAGAUGAUGCUGAAAGAGGCAGAGAAGGAUGAAGUCCCCAAAACCCUGACCCAGAUGUACUCACAUUUCAUUCUCAUCCAAAUCAUUGCGAAGAACAAGAAGUACAACAAAGCCACAGAGACAAACCCCAAGGAACUGUCUCAGUCAGACAAAGAGAUGAUCCUGAAACUGGCAAAGCUGGCUUUCCAACAGCUGCAGAAGGGCAACCUGAUCUUCUAUGAGGAGGACCUGAGAGAGUGUGGCCUUGAUGUCACAGAGGCGUCAGAGUACUCAGCAUUGUGUACAGAGAUCUUUAAAGAAGAAUCUGGGCUGUACCAAGACAAGGUCUACAGCUUUCUGCAUCUGAGCAUUCAGGAGUUUCUAGCAGCAGUGCAUGCUUUAGAAUCAUGUCUGGACAAGAAGGAAAAUGUUUUCUCCCCAACUAGUGAUGAUGAAGAGAAGGAGUCAAUCCAGUUGUCUGACUUACACAGGAGAGCAGUGGACCAGGCCUUGAAGAGUGAGAAUGGACACCUGGACCUGUUCCUCCGCUUCCUUCUGGGUCUCUCACUGGAGUCCAAUCAGAAUCUGUUACGAGGCCUUCUGACACAGACAGGAAGUACAACACAGACCAAUGAGGAAACAGUUGAGAGAACAGUCAGGUACCUUUCAGACAAGAUCAAGGAGGAAUCCUCACCAGAAAGGAUCAUCAACUUGUUUCACUGUCUGAAUGAACUUGGUGCCAACUCUCUAGUUGAAGACAUGCAGAACUCCCUGCAUUCAGGAACUCUUUCAGAAACAAGACUAAAACCUGACCAAUGUUCAGCCCUGGCCUACCUGUUACUGAUGUCAGAGGAGGUGCUGGAGAAGUUUAAACUGAAGAGAUACAACACAUCAGAGAAAGGUUAUCAGAGGUUAAUGCCGGUAGUGAAAACCUGCAAGAGAGCACUACUAGCCGGCUGUAACCUCACAAAUGAAUCCUGUGAGACUCUGGCCUCAGCUCUGCAGACACCAAACUCCCCCAUAAGAGAACUGGACCUCAGCUACAAUGACCUGGGAGACAGAGGAGUGGAGCUGCUCUGUGUUGGACUAACCAGUCCACUCUGCAACAUACAGACACUAGUUCUAGGUCAGUGUGGUCUGACAGAGGGUUGCUGUUCAGAUCUGGCCUCAGUCCUGAGUUCACCCAACUCACAACUGAAACAACUGGAGCUGAGAGACAAUGACCUGCAGGACUCAGGAGUUACACUGCUGUCUGCUGGACUGAAGGAUCCAGACUAUAAACUACACACACUGGGGCUGUCUGGCUGUCUGGUCACAGAGGAGGGCUGUACUGCUCUGUCUUCAGCUCUGAGGUCAAACCCCUCCCACCUGAAAGAGCUGGACCUGAGCUACAAUCACCCAGGAGACUCUGCAGGGGAACUGCUUUCAGCUGCUCUGGUGGAUCCCACAUAUAAACUGAUGAAGCUGAAUGUGGAUCAUGGCGGAGAGUGCAGGCUGAAAUCAGGGCUGAGGAAAUAUGCUUGUCAUCUCACCCUGGACCCAAAUACAGUAAACCCACACCUGAUACUGUCUGAGGGGAACAGGAAGGUGACAUGGGUGUUGGAGAAGCAACAUUAUGAAGACCAUCCAGACAGAUUUGAUUGUCUUUUCCAAGUUCUCUGCAGAGAAGGCUUAUCUGGAGGUCGUUAUUACUGGGAGGUGGAGAUGGACGGUGACCAGAUUUACAUCGGUGUGGUGUACAAAGGAAUGAAGAGGAAGGGAGAUGAGGAUGACAGUUGGAUUGGACUCAAUAGGAAGUCCUGGUGUUUAUUCUGCUCUGAUAGCGGUUAUGACUUUUACCAUCCUGGAGUCAGUGUCAGAAGAUCCAUCUCUGAUCCUGUUCCUAACAGAGUUGGAGUGUAUCUGGACUGGUCAGCUGGUACUUUGUCCUUCUAUAGUGUGUCCUCCUCUGGUACACUGACACACCUUUACACAGAACACACCAGAUUCACUGAACCCCUCUAUCCUGGGUUUGGGUUUGAGGUUUCCUCCUCCUCAGUCACUCUGUGUCAGAUAGACGAUCGACACAAUCAAAGGUGA